AUGACGACUAGCGACAAAGCUCCUGAAGCCGAGCUUAUUGCGCGACCACUCGUGUUUAAAGGUGGCAAAGUGGUGCCCAACCGACUGGCCAAGGCUCCUCUGGAAGAGACUCUCGCACGAACCGGAGGUGGACCACCCAACCAUGCUCACUUUGAGCUCUAUCGUGCAUGGGCACGUGGCGGGUGGGGUCUCAUCAUCACCGGCAACAUUGCGAUCGACCCUCUACACCGCGGCACGCCUUGGGAUGUCAUCCUUCCGUACGAUGAAAAGAGUCUCGCUUUCUUCAAGACUGCCAUGAAGCGGUACGCUGAUGCUUGCACAGGUCGCGAUCAGCCAGGCAUUGUCGAUCAAAAGUCGCGUCCGCUAGCCGUAGUUCAACUCGUCCAUGCCGGUCGACAGUCAAUGCGAGGUUCCGGUCGAAGCAUCACUGCGCCUGCGCUUGCACCUUCAGCUGUUCCGAUGAGCACCAUGGCUAAUUUUGGGCCUAUCGGCAAGGUUUUGGACCAUCUGCUUUGGGGUUCCGUUGCAGCUAUGACCACAGAGCAAGUGCAUCAGCUUCGAGAUCGCUUCGUACAAGCCGCUCUCAUCUGCGCAGACGCUGGCUUCGACGGUGUCGAGCUUCACGCCAGUCACGGAUACCAGCUGGCAGCUUUCCUGAGUCCACGCACCAAUCUUCGUACGGAUCAGUACGGAGGCUCGGCCGAAAAUCGCGCGCGACUCGUGCUUGAAAUUGUGGAUUUGAUUCGCAAACAGGUUAACGAUGACUUUAUCAUCGGUGUCAAGUUGAACAGUUCGGAUUACGUUCAGGGUGGACUUACCGAGGAUGAUGCCUUGCUCAAUGUCAAGUGGCUUGCCGAUACGGAUAAGGUGGAUUUCGUCGAGAUCAGCGGAGGCAAUUACGAAAAUCCUUCGUUCGCCAUGAGCGGUUUCGAUUCCGAAGCAGAGAAGGCUAAGAUCGAGAAGCUCUCGUCCAAGACGACGUCGGCUAAUCAAAAGUCGGACUGGAAAGCUACUGGUGCCGGUGCUGCUACUGUCCAAGGAUCGGGUGUAGACCCUACCUCCAAGACGACUGCUCGCACGGGUAGACGAGAGGCUUUCUUCCAAAACUUUGCCCGUCGCUGCCGUUCCACGCUGCCCGCAGAUUCGCGUCUUAAGAUCAUUCUCACUGGCGGUCUGCGUUCACGUCACGGUAUCGCUUCCGCCAUCCACCCGGACGAUGGUGCUGCCGAUAUGGCGUGCCUUGGCCGCCCGGCUGCUAUCUUCCCUUCGCUCGCCCGACGUCUCACCGACACUUCGAUCCCAGACGCUUCUCGCGAAGCAGGUACACCAGAUUUCAAGGUCCCCGCAGUCUCCAGCCUCGCGCUCGUACCCAUCAAAAUCGUCGGCGCUGGUUGGGAAACCUUCUGGUACACGUUCCACAUGGCACAGACAGUGCUCAACAAGGGCGAGGACGCUACAAAGUCGACCUUUGCUUUAAUUAACGAUUACGCCAAAACUGGCGCUACCCAGACUGGCUUCAAGGAAUCCAAUGAUGAUUGGUUCAUGUUGGUCGUCAUGACCAUCAUCCCUAUACUUGCUUGCAUCGGCGUUUUUGUUUUCGGCUCUAAAUCACCCGUCUCUUGA